AUGGUACAAUUAUUUUUGAUUGUAUUAUAUAGCACUGUUUUUGUAUGCGAAACGAAAGAAUUACAUCUAACGACUUCAGAUGAAGGAUAUAUGACUGUUAUACAAGGGUUUGCCGCACGCCUUGAAUGCAUGCUAAAUACUUGCAUAGUUUGGUUGAAAGAUGAUGUACCGAUAUUUAAUUCCACUCAGUUUUUGGAUAGUUCUGGUUUAAAUCCUGAUUCUGUUUUACUUCAGCAUAAUAUUGAAACCGAUAAAGAUAAAGAGUGUACAAAAAGUUGUUCCGAUUCGGUCGCAUGUGAUGAUGGCUUACAUUGUGUAGAUAAUAAGUGUUGUCAGUGUGCGUCAGAAGAUUUUACGCUUGUUUUGAAAAAUCUUACGUUUGAAGAUGCGGGCCGUUAUCGAUGUCAAAUUUCAAAUCAACCGCAGCAACUCGAAUUUCAACUGGAAGUACUUGAAAGUGGAUUGAAAGGUGGUUUUCAUGAAAAUAUCAGUUACGAUUACAGCGAAUGUUGCGCAAAGAAAGGCAUAUCACCAUUAUGUCAGGCAAUGUGUAAACCAAAGGACAUGCACAUUCAUCAUUUUGACCCAACCAGUUGUAAAACGGAUGAUUACAAAAAUUUUUUAUCAUGUGCAACAGAAGGCGGAAACCGAAGCCAUGUACAGUGUUGUAAAACACAACUUGUACCCUCGUUUUGCUACGAUUUUUGUUCUGGUAACUUUCAGAUGCUACGUAAAUCACAUCGACUAUGCUUAUACUAUCUUCCUGAAAUAUUCGAAUGUUAUAAUCGUGCAUACUUACCUUUUCCUGAGCAUCCACAAGACUUGACUGUGAAUGCGGUUGGAUCAGACGAACUACGUGUAUGUUGGCGUCCUCCUCAACCUCAAACAUCUAACAAAGAUUAUGCAAUUGAUCACUAUACUGUGUACUACAAACAGAUUCCUUCAUUUCCUUUUCUGGGAGGCGAUGAUGGCAUACCUCUUCUUUCUGGUGAUUACGAAGAAAGCAUCCCAGGUGGAGUAGUUGAAGAUGAUGUCAUGGGCGAUGUUGUACCAUCUAAUAUGGAAUCUUUGAAACGCGGCAAACGACAAACAUGGCUCUUCGUGACACACGAUUCAUCUACAAAUGAUUCAACUGUUCGCGAAUUCAAAUUUAAUGAAGUUAAUACAACAGAAACAUGUGUUACGCUGAAAGAUUUACGUUCAGCAACACGUUAUAUCGUUUACGUAACAGCAUCUAACGAUUAUGGCAUGUCGGUGCCAUCAUCGCGAGCUUUAGCUACAACAAAUGCGAUUGUAACGCCAAAUAAUUCAACAUUACCACAAAUCGAGCGUACUCCUUACUCCAUUUUCCAUAUUUUUAUAAUACCACUAACUACGUCACUUAGAAGUAUUGCAGAGGAAUGCUGCUCUUCAAAUGGUGUGUCACCAUACUGUGCAUCAAAAAUGUGUAAUGUACGAACGAUUCCGAAUGCUCUUGAAACAAUCACUAUAUCAACUUCAUGUCGAGCAGAAUGGUCCAAAGUUAGUCCAUGUCUUGCUGAUGGACGGAAUCACACGGAUUGCUGCAUCAAGAAAGGUGUCCAACACGACUGCUUAAAAAUAUGUGGUGGAAUUGCGGAACCUUUGACAACACAUUCUCUACUGUGCCUAAAUUUGGAUAUUGCUGCCAUCUAUCAGUGUUUGCGGCAAGGCUACGACACUCGACCUUCUCCACCACAGAAUGUGACUGUGACAGCAAUAACAGAUAGUUCUGUUGAAGUGGAAUGGAGUGAACCUGCCGUGAAUGCGCAUCUUGCAUUAUCAUUCUCUCUGUUUAUACGAAAAGAUGAUAGCAUUUUCAGUCUUAUCGAGGUGCAUAAUGUUACAUCUCCUCAUACUGAAUAUGGUCUUCUACCUGAUACCGAAUAUACAAUCUAUAUGCAAAGUCAUGGAAGUAAUGGGGACAGUUUAAUGUCAACUGCUCAAAUCUUCUUCACGCAUCCGUUGAUAUCAUCUUUCUGUCCAUAUGGUGAACCAUUGUAUGAUUCGAGUGGAUAUAGGUAUUAUUGUGGUGCUGGUGUUAGAGAUUGUCCAUCUGGUUAUGAUUGUGUGAUUGCUGGGACUUCUGAGACAGACACGCUUUGCUGUUCCAAACCAUCUAGAGCAGAUCUUGCAAAAGAAUGCUGUGAACAACGGGGUAUUUCAACUAGUUGUUUGUCUGUGUGUUACAACAGCUCAUCUCCUCUCACAGCAGAAUGUUCCGAGUAUGGAGACGUAUGGGUUCAGUGCACCUCUGAAGGACAUGACCAUACGAGAUGCUGUGUUGAAUCCGGUAUACCAGAUGAGUGCCUUUCUGCAUGUCGACAUCCGUUCGUACUCAAAAGAGGUUGCAUUGAGCACACGCCAAAACUAGCUAAUUGCUAUUCAUGGCUUACAACAAAUCUUCCAGCUGCUGUUAGUAAUUUAGAAGUCCUCUCAAGGAAUUCUUCUUCAGUCCAACUUUCUUGGGAAAAGCAAUCAGAGCGCGCUGCUGAUUCAUAUCAAGUGACUCUUACGAAAGGCGCCAAUGUGUUCAGGCAGAUUAAUGUUACAACGAAUUCUGUUCGUCUUCAUGAUUUAGAACCAAAUACAAACUAUACCGCCUAUGUAAUUACAUUCAAUAAGUAUGGUUCGAGUCCUCCAUCACUUCGAAUUUCCUUUGAAACAUUACCCUACGAUGAACAAAGUGACAAACCAGUUCCACCAUUUGGUUUGCACAUAGCUUGGAAUCAUGGAAAACGUGUUAAUAUCACAUGGAAUUGGACUCCAGUCAGAUAUAAUGGACAAAAAAUUACUGAACUUGUUAAAACUAAAGAUAUGUGGUAUGUGAUGGAAAAUCUAUUAAUGAAUUCUCUUUACGAAGUAUAUGUUUAUGUAAGUGCAGGUAAUUUGAGGAGUAGAAGCUCAUCCGUCAUAACAAUACUUGCUGCUCCUGAUGACUAUGCUUUACCAGAACCAAAGAUUGUAAUUACUCCCGAAAAUGCUAAUCGAACUUAUCGUGUGAAUGAACAAAUCGGAAUUAAAUGCACUGUAGAAAGUGAACGAACACUUAACAUAGAUUUGUCAGUUGGGAAAAUAUUGAUGCACAGUGAACCACCAAAGAUGACAGUCGAAACAUCACUACGAAUAGAUGAAAAAAGUAAUUUAAUAACCUGUACUGUAAUGGACACUGAUGGUCGUCAGAAUCGUGCGCAAAUGCAUAUUUUUGUACAGUUUGGGCCAAUAGUGAAUAUGGUAACGGAAGAAAUAUAUGCAUAUGAUGAUUUAUCCGCUCAAAUUCAAUGUAUUGUCCAAGGUUAUCCUGAGCCUUUACUGGAAUGGCAUUAUCGACAGUCUGCUAAUUCUGCACGUACCGAACGUUUGAAUGAUCCGGUUUUGGUAAAGAAAACUGCACAUAAUCAGUAUCUUUACACCCUUCUUAUAAAAAAUGUAACUAAUCGAAAUGGAAUUUAUUCUUGUAAAGCCGUCGGUGAGGAUGGCUAUCAGGUCUCAAAAGAUGCUGAGCUUAAUAUUGCUAAAGCUGCUUUACCCUUGACACCUCGAUUUGUCCUUCAGUGUUGUGCCAAUGCGAAAAUUUCGGAAAAAUGUUUACGCGUUUGUUCUGUCAAUCCUGAAAUUGAUGGUGAUUGUUCAGCAUAUUCGCAAGAUCUAAUACGGUGUGCUAAUGACGGACGAGAUCAUCGAGCUUGUUGCAUGAGAGCACGUAUUCCACCAGAUUGUUUGAAUAUGUGCAGUGGUGGUAAAGUUGUCAACAAUGCUCUAUGUUCAAUCUUCGCCCCGAAAGCAGUUGUUUGCAUGAUCAGGGGACAUGAACGUGCUCCUUCACCUCCGACACAGCUUCGUUAUGAAACUGUUUCUCCAGAUUCUGUUAAGGUAUCUUGGACUGAAACUGAGGUUGAUCCUUACAAAGUUUAUGCCGUAUACUAUCGUCAAGAGAAUAGUGUUGGUAACUUCACUGUUUUGAAAACUAGUGAUACAGAACUUUUCAUAGAAGGCCUUGAUCCGAAUUCAAAUUACGACCUUGCAUUAGUCUCUGCAAAUGCUCUUGGUCAUUCACCAUUUCUAGAAGGAAAAAUUAUCAAUACAUUUGGUUCAAGUCGAAGUACGAGUCAUACAUUUGUCUCGGCAUUCUUUUUUGCAUUUUUAGUCGCUGCUGCAGCAUCCUUCACUGUUUAUAUGAUAAGAACAAAUGCUUGGCCAAAAAUUGUUCCCAAACUUCACCGUAAUCAACCACUAUCUGACCGUGAUCCGUCAGUAGCUUUCGAAAAUCCAGGUUAUGGAACUGAAGUCCAAAUCCGUGGAUUAGCUCAUUCGGAUCCAAUGUCAGCAAAUGAAUGGCAAAAUGCUGACCUCGAGGUUGCAGAUAAUUUGGCAUCAGAGGCUAACAAUGGUAUGAGGUAUGCGAAACUGAAUUCCUCUUAA